ACUUUUGAGAAAAAAUGCCGGGUGAUUUCCCCCACACGCACGAGCCGAGCAGGAUUUCAGUGGAGCUUGGUUCACACAAAUAAGCGCAGCUUGGGCGAGAGACGCGGCGGUUGUCCAUGCACAGAUGGCAAAGUCUUACUUCUUGCCUUCUAAGCACCACGACGGCAAUUCCUGCGCCCGGUCAGCAUAGAGCACUGGCCCAGCGCAGCAGCAGCAGCAGUCGAGCGAUGGCGGGGGGGAGGGGCGGGACGGAGAUAUUGCGCAGCAGUCAGCCGGUGGGACGGUGGAUGAUUCACCGUCAAGCAGCCUCGGGCAUCGGUCAUGCCCCACCUCUCCGUGGGUACUCGCUCGAUACGACCAGUUACCAAUGGUGGAGUCAUGACUUGAUAGGAAAUCCAUUCCUCGAUUGGACAUGCUUGUGUGCGCAAAAGUGCAGAAAAUCAUUCUUGAUUGUCAUCGUGAGUCACUUCAUGCUUUAAGGGCUGCAGCGCUGUUCAAUCGAGCAGUGCUCGUCAAUCAACAGGGGCGCCGCUCGUAGACCAUCGCCACUGGGCCUUUGGCGGAAACACGAGCGUGCACGAGCUCAGACA